AUGUUGAAAAUAUUCACAACUAUUUCGUUGAUUUUUUUUCACCAUUUGGUGGCCACGCAGGCUGUGAGUAUUGCAUGGGAGAUCGAUGAGAUCGCUAUCGUGCAGGGAUUACAGGGAUAUGUGUCCCAGUCAAGCUUUAUCUUCCAGACGGGCAAGUGCAGAUUCAAUGAGAAGUAUUUUGAUAACUUCACUAUGACCAUCGUCAACAACACCUUGGACUUGGACAUGGUGACUCCCAGGACUAUUCCACGGGGCCUAAAGGUCCUAAUUGAUGUCCAGAUCAGCCUUGACAUGGGGAAGAGCUACCAGCGGCUCUUCGCCCACAUCCUGGAUACCUGCAACGUUGUCUCCUCGGUAAAGACCAGCAUCUUCAAGAGCUGGUUCGAGAGCAUGCGCAAGCACGGAAACUUUAUGGCCAACUGCCCAGUGCCCGAGGGCCAAUACUUCCUGCGCAACUGGAAACUGGAUUCACAACUGGUGCCGAACUAUCUGAUGCCCGGUGACUAUCGCGUAUUGGUGCACUUUUUCUACGGCAAGCAGAAGACCAACCAUGAGGAGUUUGCCCUCGACAUGGACAUCUACGCGAUGGUGUCGAAGUAA